GGACGUCCCGCCUUCUGGUUUUUCCACGGCGGAGGCAGGGUGGCAGUAGCGAUGGCAGCCCUGACGGAUGUACAGAGGUUACAGGCCAGAGUGGAACAGCUGGAACGCUGGGUGUACGGACCAAUCGGAGCCCGCGGCUCGCGGAAGGUAGCUGAUGGUCUGGUCAAGGUGCAGGUGGCUUUGGGGAACAUUGCCAGUAAGAGGGAAAGGGUGAAGAUUCUGUACAAAAAGAUUGAAGACCUGAUCAAAUACCUGGACCCAGAGUACAUCGACCGCGUUGCCAUACCUGAUGCCUCUAAGUUGCAGUUUAUCUUAGCAGAGGAGCAGUUUAUUCUCUCCCAGGUUGCACUCUUGGAGCAGGUGGAUACCUUGGUGCCUAUGCUGGACAGUGCUUCCAUUAAAGCUGUUCCUGAGCAUGCUGCCCGCCUGCAGCACUUGGCCCAGAUCCACAUCCAGCAGCAGGACCAGUGUAUGGAUAUCACUGAGGAGUCCAAGGCUCUCCUGGAGGAAUAUAACAAGACUACAAUGCUUCUCUCUAAGCAGUUCGUGCAGUGGGAUGAGCUACUUUGCCAGCUAGAGGCUGCCAAGCAAGUAAAGCCAGCAGAAGAGUGACAGCUACUCCCCAUCCCAGGGCAGCCAGGCUCCGAGGCCCUGUGCCAAUCUGUCAAGGCAAAAGAAACUUUGUAUUUAUUCAAGGGCUCCCUGUCUGCACUCAGUUGGGGCUCCGAGGUCAGAGAUCCAAUUACCUGGAAAUUGUGAUUUGCAAAUCCUCCUCUCCCAUUAGUGUAUUUAUUACAGUGACAAUAAACUAUAGAGAUCA